UUUUUUUUUUUUCACACUCACGCGAGAGUACGGUCUCAGACCCUAGUUUCAAUCUUCGCCGUCAAGCAUCUCACACCAAUGGGUCGUGUCAUAAGAGCGCAACGUAAGGGAGCAGGCUCCGUCUUCAAAUCCCACACUCACCACCGCAAAGGCCCCGCCAAGUUCCGUAGCCUCGACUACGGCGAGAGAAACGGUUACCUCAAGGGCGUCGUGACGGAGAUCAUCCACGAUCCCGGCCGUGGCGCGCCCCUAGCUCGCGUCGCCUUCCGUCACCCCUUCCGUUACAAGAAACAGAAGGAGCUUUUCGUCGCCGCCGAGGGCAUGUACACCGGACAGUUCUUGUACUGCGGUAAGAAAGCCACUCUCGUUGUCGGAAAUGUUCUCCCGCUUAGGGCUAUCCCCGAAGGAGCUGUCGUCUGUAACGUCGAGCAUCAUGUCGGUGAUCGUGGUGUGCUCGCUAGAGCUUCUGGUGACUACGCUAUCGUGAUUGCACACAACCCUGACAACGACACUACUAGGAUCAAGUUGCCGUCUGGUUCGAAGAAGAUUGUGCCGAGUGGAUGCAGGGCCAUGAUUGGUCAAGUAGCUGGUGGUGGAAGAACGGAGAAGCCGAUGCUAAAGGCGGGAAACGCUUAUCACAAGUACCGUGUGAAGAGAAACUCGUGGCCUAAGGUUCGUGGUGUGGCUAUGAAUCCAGUGGAGCAUCCUCAUGGAGGAGGUAACCAUCAGCACAUUGGUCACGCCAGUACGGUUAGGCGUGAUGCACCACCAGGGCAGAAGGUUGGUCUUAUUGCUGCUAGGAGGACUGGUCGUCUCAGAGGUCAAGCUGCUGCCUCUGCCGCCAAGGCUGAAUAGGUUCAAUAAGACCAUCUCCGUCAAAGUAUUGUGAGCAAAGUUCUCACGUUUUCCAAAAAGAAAUAAAUAUUAUAAUAUUAAAAUGCAGUGAACCUGUAUCGCAAAGGGUCUCCGUAGUGAACCGAUAUCAUGACUGUAUCGUGGGCCUCACGACACGUGGCGGUCCACGAUUGAUUGUUUGAUUAAUUUUUUUUUUUAAAUAAACGAAAAAAAUAAAAAAUUAUAAAAUAGCAUUGGAAAUCGGGAAGGGAGUCUCAUCAAUGAAGAUGCUCUUAGGAGAAAUAUAUAUUUGUUUUGUUUGAGUUUUGCUGCGUCUCCUUUUGAACCUCCUUGUGUUCUGAAAUCUAGUUGUUGUUAUAAUCUCAAGAAUAGCAAACGAAAGUUGCUACUGUUUGCCCAUAUGAGGUUUUGUUAUC